CGUCAUUAUUACUUCAAAAUGUUGUUCUUGAGGUUGAGUUUUACAAAAAUAAAUGUUCUAUUUUAGUAUUUUGUGAGAUGUACGAGAACUUACCAGAAAACUCAGCGAACCAAGUAUAUAAAAGCAGCGCCGAUUAAGAACCGUCCAAUUUAAUAUUGAGUUAGUAUCGUAUAUCCGAAAAUAAUGAUAGACCAAACGGAAGCAGAAAGUUUUAAGAAUAAAGGCAAUGAAGCCUUUAAGUCUGAGAACUAUGAAGAAGCCAUAUCCCUAUAUAGUAAGGCUAUCAAUUUAGCUCAGAAGGACACACGUGAAUAUGCUACAUAUUUAAAGAAUCGUGCAGCAGCAUACCUUAAGAUAAAAGAAUACAACAACGUGAUUAAAGAUUGUGAUGAAGCUUUAACAAUUAUCCCUGAAGAUCCAAAAGCGUUAUUCCGACGUUCUCAAGCAUUAGAAAACCUAGAGAGAUUUGAAGAGGCAUAUAGGGAUGCUAAGACCAUAUUCACCGUUGAUCCUGGUAAUAAAGCCAUCCAACCAGUACUAUCGAGAUUGUAUGCAAUUGUUCAAGAAAAAGUCAAGAAAGCAGCUCAAACUACUUCUAAGGUAGAGCAGAUGUUUAAGCUUGCAUUUGAAAUGAGUGAAGACACAGAAAAACGUGAAAAGGCCAUGGUUAACCUACUUGUAUUAGCUAAGGAAAACACAGGUGCAGAAGUAAUGAUGAAAAGUGGGGUUGUUAGUAAAAUACAGCAGCUUGUUAAGGUGGAGAAAAAUAUGGAGAUAUAUGUGAAUGCUGUAAGGGUGAUCGGCCAACUCUGUAAAAGAAGUGUCGAUAGAACAAAAGAAAUCAUAAAGGUAGUUGGAAUCCCUUGGUUUUUAGAAAUCAUUGAUAGUGAAAAUGAAGCAAGAGUUAACGCUGCUCAAUAUUGCUUGCAAGUUAUUUUGAAUACAUUUUCAGGCAUGGAUACCAAGAAGGAUACUAAGCCUGAUCCUACACUAUGUGAGCAAUACAAGAGUGAAAUCGAUACACUUCUAACAUGUUUGACAUAUUCAAUUACCAAUAGAGUUAUUACAGGUUUAGCUAGAGAUGCUAUUAUAGAACUGAUCAUGAGAAACUGCCACUAUAGUACUCUUAAUUGGGCUGAAAGAUUUGUAGAGAUUAGAGGACUACAACGUUUGCUCGAGGUUUGCAGUGAAUUGGAAGAAUACAAAUAUGAAUCUGCGAUGAAUAUCACUGCAUCAUCUAGAACAGUAGCAGCAGCCUGUAUGGCCCGAAUAUAUGAGAAUAUGUACUAUGAGCAAGCAAGAGAAAAGUUCCAUAGUCAAGUUGAUGAUUUUGUUAAGGAUAAGUUGUUGACCCCUGAUUUGGAAUCAAAAGUUAGAGUGACCGUCGCUAUAACAUCACUGUUACGUGGACCUCUUGAUGUAGGAAACUAUAUUAUUUCAAAAGAAGGUAUUAUGGAGAUGAUAUUAGUAAUGGCCCAAACAGAUGAUCCUUUACAGCAGAAAGUUGCCUGUGAAUGCUUGAUUGCUGCAGCUUCCAAAAAGGAUAAAGCCAGAGCUAUUAUUAACAAAGGUGUUGAUAUUUUAAAGAGCUUGUAUGCGAGCAAAAAUGAUGCAGUAAGAGUUAGAGCAUUAGUUGGUCUGUGUAAGAUUGGAAGCUUUGGAGGAGACGAUGCAUCUAUUCGGCCAUUUGCUGAUGGCUCAACAAAGAAAUUGGCUGAAGCUUGUAUAAAAUUUUUGGUAAAUCCAGCUAAAGAUAAAGAUAUGAGGAAAUGGGCAGCAGAAGGUCUCUCUUAUCUCACUCUAGAUGCUGAUGUUAAAGAGAAGUUGGUUGAUAAUCAACUAGCUAUCCAGGCCCUUAUUGAACUAGCAAAGUCUGGUGACCAGUCUUGCUUGUAUGGUGUAGUCACCACAUUAGUUAAUUUGUGUAAUGCUUAUGAAAAACAGGAAAUGAUGCCAGAAAUGUUGGAACUUGCCAAAUUUGCAAAACAUCAUAUCCCAGAGCAGCAUGAAUUAGAUGAUCCAGACUUUGUAAACAAAAGACUGACAAUCCUUUGUAAAGCUGGAGUGACAACUGGAUUGGUUGCAUUGGCCAAAACAGAAAGUCCCAAUUCUCGGGAGCUGAUUGCUAGAGUUUUUAAUGCAAUAUGCAGCUUACAAGACUUGAGGGGUAUUGUAGUGCAACAGGGUGGUGCAAAAGUUCUUAUUCCUUUAGCACUGGAAGGGACUAACAAUGGAAAGAAACAAGCUACACAAGCUUUGGCGCGAAUUGGCAUUACAAUUAAUCCUGAAGUGGCAUUCCCAGGUCAAAGAAACCUAGAAGUUGUACGACCUUUGGUAGCUUUGCUGCAUCCUGAUUGCACUGCUUUGGAAAACUUUGAAGCUCUGAUGGCGCUUUGUAAUUUAGCAGGCAUGAAUGACACUACAAGAAACAGAAUAUUAAAAGAAGGUGGUUUAGCAAAAAUUGAACAUUACUUGUAUGAAGACCAUGUAAUGCUGACGAGAGCUGCAGCACAGUGUAUAUGUAAUUUAGUUCAAUCUGAUGAGGUUGUAAAAGCCUUUGAAAGCAAUAAUGAUAAAACAAAAUAUUUGUAUUUGCUCUGCCAGGAAGAGGAUGUUGAUACAGUCUUGGCUGUGGCUGGUGCCUUAUGUGUCCUAACCUCUAUCAGUAAAGCUUGUUGUAGAAAGUUACUUGAUCUCAAUUCAUGGCUUGAAUCAUUGAGAUGCUUAUUAGCAAAUCCAAAUAAUGAAAUUCAGUACAGAGGUGUUUACAUGCUUUAUAAUAUAAUAAACGGUGACAGAGACACAGCUGCAAAAAUAUUUGAAACUGAUGUAAUGGAAAUAUUAAUGGCUCUGACUAAACUGGAUAAUCCUGAACAAAAGAGAGUUAAAGAAUAUGCAGAAAAAUGCUUAGUAGCCGCUGAAAAUUUAGGAGUCAUUAGAAAGCCAGAUGAUGGAGUGCCUAGUGGAUCUAUUCAGGAAGAAUAUGAACGCACAGAGGGUGAUGAUGAUACCUCACAGGGCAGCCAACCCAAGGAUGACAGCAGUGAUUCAGAGAAUGAAAUCGAGAAUGAAAUUCAAAACCAAAAUGGUGUUUCCAUUGGAAGAGACAGCCCUGAAAUCCAUGAAAUAACCAGCGAUGAAGAAGAUUGUGUAGUGACGAAUGAUGAUGACAGUUCAAACUCUAGUUCUGACUCUAAUGAUAGCUCUGAAGGAUCACAGCAAAGCAAUAAAGAUCGUGAUAAAGAAAAAGACGAACAACCAUUAGAAAAUGGGGGCGAGGAAUCUGAUGUGGAGGAAGUUUUGAUUGAUGACCCUCUAAAUCAAUCUCAUAGUAAGACUAAGCCGAUAGUUAUCAAUGAUACAAAAAGCCUCUCAGAAUCAACAACAAAACAAACAGAAUCCAGCAAUGAUGAAGAAAAUAAAGAGCCCACAGUUGUUAUUAUUGACACUAAUUCAAUUUUAUCAGGUAAAGGGUCCACCCCGGUUCAAAGUAAAACAUCUUCAAGCACAAUGGAUGCACAGAACUUGUGUCAAAGUAUUGCUGCUAGAGGCACAACUAUCACACCUAUCAGUUGUAAGUCCACUCCUGUACGAAAUAUUCAAAACAAUGCACCAGCUGCACAGCCCAAUAUAUUGCCCUCUUUAACAGAUGACAUGUUUGUUGUUGAAGCACCUUCAUUCAUUGUUCCUUACGUUUAUGAAAAGCCAUCAGUCAAACCAUUCAGGGAGUUUGUAGAUAAACUAGGCAAAGAACUUGAAGAAUUAAAAAUAAAAGAGGAGCAAGAAAAAUUAGAAAAAGAGAAAGCAGAAAAAGAAAGAAAAGAAAAGCUAAAACAAGAGAAAAUUGAGAGAGGUGAAGAAGUUGAAGAGGAAGUUAAUAGUGAAGAGGAGAGUAAGAAAAAGGCUGCCGAGGAAGCAGCAAAAGACAAGAAGUUGGAGAAGAAACAACGAAGGAAGCGCAGAACUGAAGAAGAUGAUGAUUCCUGGGAUGGGGAAUCUUCCAGUGAGUCAGAGGAAGAAGGCCUCAGUGAUUGUGAUAUGGUUGUAAUUAAAGAAAAAGAAGAAGAGAUAAAAGACCCAUUAAAUAUGAUUGUUAAGGGAAUCAAGGGUAAAACCGACAGUUACUUUGAUUGUUCACUAGGCCAAUUUUUCAUAAACAUUGGACUCAACUUGGUGCAGGAAUAUGUUCAAAAUGAUUUAUUGAAAACACAAAAUAGAAAGCUUUACAAGGAAAAGAAGUCAGGGCGCAGCACUAAAGCCACUGAAACCGCAAUUGCGUCUCUGAAUCAGAAUUUGGCAUACAGUAAGAAACUCAAUGCACCAUAUGCUCUAGAGCAAAAGCGGUGUGAUUUCUGUAGCUUCAAAACUGAAUCUAUUUUAGUUAUGUCACAUCAUUUAGAAGCACCUCAUAUGAAAAAUAACAUCUACAAAUGUAAUACAUGUCCAUUUGAGAUACGAAGUCCACAUGACAUUUUGUACCACAUGGAGGCUGAGCACAAUAUAAGGGGCAGACUAGAACGAGCACCUGCCUAUCAGCAGUGUCCUAGUUGUCAUUUUGAGGAUAAUAGCAAAACUAAGCUGGCACGCCAUCUUAUCGCUUGCGCCAAAAAGUUUAAGCCAGAAUUCAACCUUGGGCCGCCCCUUGAAUGGGAGCCACCAGCAAAAAUACCAAAGUUAUCCAGAGCUCGUAACAAUAUUGUAGGACCAUAUCAAACAAGUUACAAUCGGUCACAAGUUGGAAUGGGUCCACUUGGACGGCCACCUCUAAACAUGUCGACUCCUGUCAUACCAAAUAUGCCUGUUUUAGGGCGCCCUCGAGGUCGUCCUCCCCUCGCGGGGCCUGCGCGCACCCCAGUCUCCGGCGUGCCCAUAAUUCGGAGCGGAGUUAUGAUCAUGCACAACAAUCCUCCUAGUGGGACCACAAUUUCUAAUUACCCAAUAUUACCGAAUAAUCAAGGAAAUCAAUCAGCUACACCUAAGAUAUCGAUUACACCCUUACCACGCGCGCCACAGCCGUCUUCAUCAAAUACUGCUCCCAAUUCCAAGGCUACAUUUGUAAUAUGUGAAAUUUGUGAUGGGUAUAUUAAAGAUUUGGAACAACUGCGAAAUCACAUGCAAUGGAUACACAAGGUGAAGAUCCAUCCCAAAAUGAUUUAUAACAGACCUCCACUUAACUGUCAAAAGUGCCAAUUUAGGUUCUUCACAGAUCAGGGUCUUGAAAGGCACUUGUUGGGCUCGCAUGGUUUGGUUACGAGUUCUAUGCAAGAAGCUGCGAACAAGGGCAAGGAUGCGGGUAGAUGUCCUGUAUGUGGGAGAGUUUACCAGUGGAAGUUGCUCAAUCAUGUUUCUAGAGACCAUAAUAUGACUCUGAAGCCUGCCCAUCUCUCCUACAAAUGUACAGUGUGCACUGCAACAUUUGGAAUGUACAAGCAGUUUGAGAAUCAUGUUUAUUCCGCUCACAGUGUAGUGGCCAAGCGUGUAAUAGACAAGAAGACUACAGCCCCACCGCCUAAGAACACAGACACAGAUCCAUUGCUCAAGCCAUUAAAAAUAAGUGAUGAGAUCACUAUCAUACCUCAACCUGCUAAAUCAUCAGUGACCAUAACUGCUAAGGGUAAAUAACAUUAGAACCUGGAAGUGUGAAAACUGAGUUAUAGCCCAUAAUAUUUUUUGCCUGACAUAAUAUGUCAGUGGUGCACUUCCAUGAUUUCAGGUAGUAUUGUGUAAAUAAACAUAAGCUAUGUAACACCAUUCAUAAAAGGAUAUUGUGACUAUGUUCAUUAAACAAGCAAACAUGUUAUUUUUUUUAAAAAGAAGAGUUAGUAGAAUAAGGUGUAAAUUCAGUGUAUAAAUCCAAUAUAAUCUUGAAAAUGUUUUUGUAAUCCUUCCAUGUUUUAGAUUCAUUUUGUCGUGUGAUUGUGACUUGUGUGAUGUGAUUUGCAAUGUCACAAAUUUCAAAAGAUAAGAUCUGCAUCUUGACUGUAAUUAUUAUUAAUUGGUGAAAGUUAUGAAUGUGCCCCUGUGCAAAAUAGACAAUUAUAGUUUCCAGUAAUCAUUGUUAAGUAAUUUAUUUGCAACCAUUCUUGUAUAAUCUGUGACAACUAUAUUAUUGUCUGCCUGUUUUAUUUUAAUAAUACUUAUAUCAUCUGAAUUAAUUUCAGAAAAUGUAUUACAAAAAUAAAAUUAGGUAGCCAUAAUUAAUGAUUAAUGUAAAUCAAAUAUGUAGUAACGAGUAAGGUGUUAGUAAUAGGAUAAUAAUAAUUAUACUGUAGGAUUAAUUAUAAGUGCAUAGAAUUAUUGUCAAUUCAAUCUCCUAAUCCAUCAAUUCCCUACCAAAGUGCUUGCAUUUUGGAUACCUACCAUUUUUUUGCAUAUUAUUACAUCUGUCUUAUUUAUUUUAUCAUCAUGCUAGACUGGAGUGUUGAUUUGGUAAAAGUUUACUAAAUUGUUAAAGUACUUACAGAAUAUAAAUGAUGUAUUUUUUGUAUGUA